CAGUCUGUCUAAAUCCAGGAAGUGUAGUAAAGGGUGCUAAAAGCUCCGCAGAUAAUGGCCAAAUAUACCCGACCAGAACAGCUGUCAUAGAGACUUUUAACCACAUUCACUGUCGUCGCUAUUACACGAGCUACACCCAGUUGCGUAUCCAUCAGCAGUUCAUUUGUCGGCGGAUUUGAUUCUUUGACUGGACAGGAUCAUCGGAAGCGAGGAGUUGUCCUGGGCGUGUUUGCUCUAAGAUCUGUGUAUUUCAUGUGCAUGGCCCUUGGUGUGGGAGCACCAUGAGCGGGGAGCCUGAUGCCUUGGCUGUGGUGAAUCAGCUGAGGGACUUAGCUGCUGACCCCCUCAACAGGCGAGCUAUUGUUGAAGAUCAAGGCUGCUUGUCAGGCCUCAUUCUCUUCUUCGACCAUCCCAAUCCACAAGUCGUCUACUCUGCGCUAUUGGCGGUGCGCUACCUGGCAGAAUGCCGCUCCAACAGGGAGAAGAUGACGGACGAGCUGGGAAUGAUGCUGAGCCUGCAGAACGUCAUGCAGAAGGGCACGUCACCAGGCGAGACCAAGCUGCUAGCGUCUGAGAUCUAUGAGAUCCUGCAGAACUCCAGCAGCGCGGAGGCUGAACAGGCAGAAGCGGCCGCCUCUUGCCGAAAAAAAGCCCAGUUUUUUAUGGGCUCAACGAACAAACGGGCCAAAACGGUGGUGCUUCAGAUCGACGGGCUUGAUGAUUCGGCACGGAGGAGUCUUUGUGAAGAAGCCCUGCUAAAGAUCAAAGGCGUCAUCAGCUUUACCUUCCAGAUGGCUGUGAAGAGAUGUGUGGUGAGGAUCCGAUCAGACUUGAAGGCUGAGGCCUUGGGAACUGCUAUAGCUUCAACCAAAUUCAUGAAGGCACAGCAAGUAGUGAAGGGGGAAGAUGGAUCGGAGAUUGCAAUCCCAUUCCAAGAGGACUCAGAUGUGGUGGUCGAGCAGAACAUAAAUUUGCCGGAUUAUCUGCCUGAGGACGAGAGCCCGUCUCAGGAGCAGCACAAGGCUGUGACGCGACUGGGCUCCGUGCAGGAUGGCGUGAGCUGGCUGAGCACGGCCGCCAACUUCCUGUCCCGCUCAUUUUACUGGUGACCUCACGACUCCCCGCAUGCCCCGCACCUUUACUCCACGUGCCAGACUGCCAAGCGCAUCCGCAAUAAACUUAUAACCUUGUUCCAACUUUAAAAAAGGCCACAACCGGCGGCUGUAAAUGGUACGCGAUCCAUCCUGCUCCUGAAACUCACGUUAGCGCUGCAUACGCACCACACGAGACCCUAAAACCUGAGAGCAACCGGGAGAAAUUCACCGAAAGCAUUUCGUGUGUAUCUGCUCUCUCUUAUUCACCUUUUUUGUUUGGUCGGGGGAAGGUUUUCAAACGAUUCGUCACAGAUUCUCCUUGCGGGUUUGUUUCUGUUGAGACUAAACAACACCUUGGGGGUUUCGCUAGGCGGGUCGUACAUUAAGAUUUUCUAAAUUUCUACUAAUUUGGGUGCUUUCCGAUGUGUUCUAACCCUUCAUCUCAGCUUUCUUGUACAUUUUAAACAGCAUAUUUUGUUUUUUAAUUAUUUGAUAGUCCUAAUACCACUUUAUUCAUCAGCACUUUCCAAAGCAUGCCGUAUUUUUAAUGCCUUUUUUUUUUUUUUUUUUCUUACCCGUUCCUUCUGUGUGUGCCUUUGAUAUGUAGCUUGUUGAUUCAUUUUCUCGGUUUUAAAUCCUCUUUAUUUGCUUCGUCUGAACUUCUAAAGCUUUCUGAAGACGUGGUUUUUAGGUUUGAAAUGUGUAGCGAUGGUUCACUCUUCCUCACAGAGCUGAUUUCACAUAAAACACAAUUGAAACACCAGCACUGGUUGGUGUGCGGUAAUAAUAAUUAACGGUUAACGCAUCCAAUAAAGGGAAGCCACAAGGAAAUAACUGUUACUAUGUGUGUAAUGCUAACCUUUUAUGUUACAGCAUGUGCCAAACACCAGAUAACCUUCUUUACACUAGCAAAAUAUGUUGUAAAAAAGCUCUGACUCUUUAGGAACUUUUUUUUCUUUUUGUACCUUUCUUAAACAUCAAUGCCGUUUUCCUUUAUGCUAUGCUGACUAUUUAUAAAAUGAUUUGUGUGUGAGAAUGUUUUGUUCAGGGCCUUUCAUACACAUGGUCAUUUUUAAUGUGGGGUUCACCUAGCCAAAAGCAUGAUCCGGUCAGUUCUGACCGUUUAUGUGCCCGUCACCUCUGCAUGACCAUCACCCCUUGAGUUUUCCCUGACCGACGGUGUCUUUUAACAGUUUAGAUAAUCGACUGACCUCAUAUAUCGCAUUCAGGACGUUCAGUCCACUCAGGGAUGUGUGUACGUUCUCCCGCAACUGAUGGUCUCAUGUAUGUGCGUUCCCAAAAGGAGACCUGCACACAUCGAUAUCAAAAUGAGUUAAACCAGUAUAUGUCCCUGUCGUUUUAUUUUUCACCUUGUUAAUGCUGGAAAACUUGGGUUGUCGUAAAGUAUCAGUGUUUGCACCCUUUUGUAUUGUUCCUAAUAAUCAGCAAUGCUUUAAGACUGUUUAAGUCGCAUCGUGUCGGUUCACGAUGAGAAUUUGUUACAGAGACAGCAUUAGUGUAUAGAAUGGAAUCGCACAGUGGCGUGCUUUUAGUUGGGUUUAAGAUGAGAUAGAGGCCAUCAGUGUUAUAUUUAUGAACAAAAUCCAAAUUGAAUCAAGUUUUGCAUUUUUCUGUAUUUUUGUUUCCCUCAUCUUGUACUGUAUACAAUCUUUCCCUGAAGCGUUUUAAGCUGCUGUUCGCUGUUAUUCCAAGAGCGCAGAACCAGAGCCCAUGGUAGAUUUUAGUAGCUUCUCAUGUACAGUGCAUAUUCGCUGUUAUAUACAAAGAGUUUUAGGACACACGAUUCUUGGCUGUUCACAGUAAUGACAAGGAUUAUUAAAUAGAUCAAAUAAAUUUCACUUGUGUUUUGUUUUGGCUGGAAAUUGUGCUUUAUUAGCCUCGGUGGCACCAAUCUGUUACUAUAACAAUCUUUUUUUUUUUGUUAUGAUUUGAGCUGAGUGCUCAUGGUCGCCAAUAAGAAGUGCUGAUGAUUACGUCAGUUUAAAUGUGAAAGCUUCUUACUAUGAAUUAAAUGGGUUCUACUGUGGCUUUAAAGGUUUCAAACAUGUAAAACUCAACACCGCCUGCUGUCGAUUACCACUGCAAAUAAUUCUGGCUCAUCCCUCAGUUUGAAAAAACAGAUUUUAUUUACAGUUAUGCAGCAAGGCUUUCCAGAAAAUUGGAGCUUUUAUUUGUCAUAGUAUUUGUAUUAAUUUUUUUUUUCAAGCAAAAAUGACAUGACAGACUGAUAUUUGUUGACUAAGCUUAUUAAUCGGCUACUAUUUGGCCAUUUCAAGAUUCUAAUAUGUCCAUUUGGCCGAUUAACCGGUGUUUAUCGCCAUACAUUGUCUGUACCAAAUUAUACUGACAGCUUUGUGAAUUUUGAUUU